CUGUAAGUGAUUUGAGUUAAAUGCUUAAACAAUCACAUAUAUACUCUUCUUAAAUUAUAAUUCAUAUCCAGCUACUAAACGUAAAGUAGUGUUGAGAAAAAAUAUAAAAAUGUUUCCCUGGAAGCAUUGUUGUACAGAUUUUCAAGGACCACUUAAAGAUAAUUCUGUAUAGUUUCGUUAUUUUUUCUUCCAUUGUUAUUACCUUUAAAUCCGAUCCUGAAUCCGCUACUAAGAACAAGGCUCUACGAAUAUUAAGAUACGAGGAUUUCAUUUCAUUUUAAAUAAUUAAUGAUGCAUUGAUAACGACCUAGUUUCCUUCCAGCGGGUUUACAGUUAUAGAAAGUAGUAUUUGUCGAGAAGUCGGCUAAGCGACUUUGUGAAAACUAACUGUUGCUUAUAUUUUAUAUAUUCGCUUAUUUACUUCUUAGGUUAUAUAAAACCUAUAUUUGAAAUAGACGAUAGUUAUUGAAUUCAUUAUGCCCUCCCCCGGUUUAUUCCUAAUUGUGUUGAUAAGCGUCGCCAGGGCAGCAGAUAGUAAACUGACACCAAUGGAGAAGCAUCAAGUCGUACCCGAUGUAUUACCUAUUGCACCAGCAAGUAUACUUUCUGUGCAAUAUCCAGACCACAAUGUUGACCUAGGAAAUGAACUGACACCAACAAUUGUUAAAGAUGAACCAACCGUUACUUGGGAUGCCGAUGCGAAUGCAUUCUACACUCUUUGCAUGACAGAUCCUGAUGCGCCCAGCAGGGCCACUCCAAAGGCAAGGGAAUGGCAUCAUUGGUUGGUUGGCAAUAUUCCAGGAUCAGAUAUUAAGAAGGGAGAAGUCUUGAGUGCAUAUAUUGGAUCAGCUCCCCCCAAAGGAACAGGAUUGCAUCGUUACGUUUUUGUGAUGUAUAAACAGCCAGGAAAAUUGGAAUUUGAUGAACCAAGAUUGCCCAACAAUUCUCCCAAAAACAGAGCUAACUUUAGUAUUGCUAAAUUUGCUAGCAAGUAUAAACUUGGAAAUCCGAUUGCUGGAAAUUUCUACCAAGCUGCCUGGGAUGAAUACAGUGAUGUGGUCCAUAAGAGAUUAGCCUAAGGAAGUUAAACUUCCUUUUAUUUUGCAGAUCUUUUUUUAUAUUUCUUUUAUCUGAAAUUAUUUUAGUAAUAAUCUAGAGAGCUCACUAUUAAAAGACAUCACUACUAACAUAAUUGUUAUAUGAGUAAAUAAAAUAUUUUAUGAACUUU